CAUCACUAAUGAUAACAGUGUUAUCGACAGUAUGGACGACUCCCCCGGAUCCAAAGCAGCAAUUAUCUUGGCUUUAAUCACUGAAUAUUUCUCUUAUAUUCUUACGUAGCAAAAUGGAAUGACGACAGAGUAAAUCUCACUUCAGGGAAACUACAUUUGCAGCUGUCAUUGUGUACAGGUUGAGCUGUCACAGGAAUCUUUCAACUCCGAUGGGUCAGGCACUGUGGAGGCUGCCACCCAGACAACAGCAGCAGCUUCAGGAAGAACUUGUCGGCCGGCUUGCUGACACAGGAGGAGCAAGACGAGAGCAAGGGCGGGAUGAGCGGCCACUGAGAAGAGUUCCACAGCAUUGUUAUGGCCCUGACAUAUACCAUUUGCUGAAAACACGCAGAGGAGGCAAAGAGCAGCAUGGUUUUAUAGAUUUGGAGAUGCUCCCACCAGAGUUAGGCAUAACCAUACUGUCAUACCUGAAUGCCACUGAUCUGUGUCUGGCUGGCUGUGUGUGGCAGGACCUAGGAAAUGAUGAAUAUCUCUGGCAGGGGCUCUGUAAGUCCACAUGGGGUCACUGCUCCAUCUACAACAGAAGGCUGCCUGCUGGUUUCUCAUAUAGAAGACUAUAUCUACAGCUAGAUGAAGGCAGCCUCACAUUCAACGCAAACCCACAGGAGGGUAUCAGUUAUUUCAUGUCUAAGGGCAUACUAGGGGAUCACCCCACGGAGCUGGCUAAGUUCAUCUUCUACACCCGACGGCUCAACUGGAAGAUGCUGAGGAUUUAUCUGGAUGAGAGGCGUGAUGUUUUGGAUGAGCUGGUGACCCUUCAUAACUUCAGCAAUCAGUUCCUACCCAAUGCUCUGAGGGAUUUCUUCAGACACAUUCAUGCACCGGAGGAGAGAGGAGAGUAUCUGGAAACGCUCAUCACCAAAUUUAGCCACCGGUUUUGUACCUGCAACCCUGGUCUUGUUCGGGAGCUGGGACUCAGCCCUGACGCCGUGUACGUUCUGUGCUACAGUCUGAUCCUGCUGUCCAUCGAUCUAACCAGUCCUCACGUCAAAAACAAAAUGUCAAAGAGGGAGUUCAUCAGGAACACUCGCAGAGCGGCACAUAACGUCUCGGAUGAUUUUGUGGGUCAUCUUUACGACAACAUAUACUUGAUCGGCCACGUGGCUGCAUAGCUCCACUCAGCAGCUCUCUGACAGAAAUCCUCGCACUGCACCAGAGUACGAAUCAGCGACUCUGAAACGUAUGGAAAAUUGUGAAGAAAAAACAUGCAAUGCCCUCCCGGAAGCAUAACAACAACGUACUCUGUAGAGCAUUUUCCACUGCACUGUGGGAGAGACAAUGCUACCAAAUCGUCUGAAUGUUCUUAGAUUUAUGUCUUUUUUUUAAAUAUGUUUAAACAAAGCGAAGGCAAGGGAGGAUGGUUUAAAUUCAAACCAUAAAGACGAGCUCUGGUACUGCACUGACACCUAGUACUACUAAAGCGGUGGAAGGACGAGUCCUUAGACUGUCAGACACAGGGACAGUUUUUCCUUUUCAAUGCUGACUACUUCAUAAUCACCAGCAGGACUAUUAUGUUCAAGCGGAAGAUAUAACCCACUAAUAUCACUUAGUACAAGCACGUGUGAUCAGUUGAGGUUGUUACUGGAAUCCUCUUCCACUUCUCCAUGAUGACAUGACACUACAUACAGUGGGGAAAAUUAGUAUUUGAUCCCCUGCUGAUUUUGUAGGUUUACGCCCCUUAUCACGAUAUGAAGAGUCCAUCAUUUUUAUGUUAGGUUUAUUGUAACAAAGAGAGGCAGAAUGUUAAAAAGAAAUCUGGCAAAAUUAAUAUUAAACAUACAUUAAUUUGUAUUGGAUUGAGAGAAAUAAGUAUUUGAUCCCCUACCAGCCAGCAAGCAUUCUGAUGCAUAACAGACCGGUCUGUCCAUGAAGUACACAAGUUAGAAAGUACUCCUAAUCUCAACUCAUUAUGUGGAUAAAAGACACCGCUUCCAUUCAAACACCACCACCAUGGGCAAGACAAAGAGCUGUCAAAGGGCCUCAGUGACAUGAUGAUAGACCUGUACAAGCCUGGAAUGGAGUACAAGAGCAUCAGCAAGAAGCAUGUUGAGAAAAAGGGUCAGUUUAUUUUAAUAAGUUUAUUUGACAGUGGACAUCUGAAUGAGUCAGACAAGGCUUGGGAGAAUGUGAUGUGGUCACAUGAGACCAAAAUUGAACUCUGUGGAAUCAAGUGGACUGGACGUGCUUAGAGGCAGAGAAAUGGUGAAUAUGAGCCCAGCAACGCCGUGAAACAGUCUGCUUUGGGAAUGUUUCUCUGACCAAAAUCCCUCCUGGGAGAAACGUCUGACAUCUGUGCUCGUUCUCAAGUCUCGUUAUCAAGUAUUUCUCCACCAAGGAAAUUACAAAUACAAAUUCAUUUAUAAUGUUCAAGGGGGGGAGGGGGAGGAUUUCUGGACUGUGCAUAUCUUGGUAACCCUUAAAAAAAUCAAUAGGGGAUCGAAUACUUAUUUUCCACUGUACUGCAAUUCAUAUUUCCCUUCAGCAAACCACAGCUUGGCAGCACUCAUGCCGCUACCGGUAUCACGCCAUACAAGCUGUACACUGACUACUCUAAAGUACUAAAUAUCAUUUCUAUAGUAUUGUCUUUAGGCAAUAUGUAUAAAAAAUGUUCAGGGUGUACUCACUACAGUGAGUAAGCGUAGUGAAGCAGUUUGAACUGGAGUGAUUUCCACAACAUAGCCUUUUAGUCACUGACAAACAAUCAAAAUUACAAUUUAGAUAAUAGGCUGCACAAUGUCCUAGUGGUUAGUAUGAUGGCCUUACGUUGGGACAACGAUGGUUCAGAUUUCCGUGUGAAGUUUGCAUGUGCGCCGUGUGUGUAAAAAAAAAAAAAAAAAAAAAUCCAUUAUCUUUUCAGUUGUUGUCUUAACACGAAACAUUGCUUUUUGAAAUGAUCGUGUCCCUGUUGGAGAACGUCUUGGUUUGCUUGUAAAUGCUAUUCAUUUUGUCACUUUCCCACACUGAUGAAGGAUAGUGUAUAGAAAUUAUGAACACCAUUUAUGGAAAUGCUUCCUUGGUGAUUUGAAUGCUAUGUAAGUGGAUUUCGUCACCAAUGGUUAACUUAUUAAAACUUGGCUACCGUG